GUUAGAGUCAGAUCUUUCAACUUGUUAGGCUCAAUUAUCCAUUCUAUUAUCAAUAUUUUUCAUUCUUAAAAUGUUUUUCCCUACGUUUUAUUGUAAAAAGUAAAAUUUACUUGUAUUUUAUUUUUGAACAACAUGUAAGCGUGGGUCGACCCGCUCCGCCCCGUACCCGCGCGGGUUUUGCCCGCCCCGACCCGCCCCAUUGCCAUCACUAAAUACAAGUAACCAAGAUUGCAUUAUAUUCCUGUAGCGAGUGAGUAGUGUAAAAUGGUUAGUUUUUAUUAAGUAACUGAUUAAACAGAAAUAUUGACAUCAAAGUCGCUUUGGCCGAGUGGUUAAGGCGUGUGCCUGCUAAGUACAUGGGGUUUCCCCGCGAGAGUUCGAAUCUCUCAGGCGACGAAAUUAAUUUUUUUUCCUCUCCAAGUAACACUCCCACUUCCCAUCCAUCAUAUCCUUCUUUCCCCUGCCAUCCUCUGCUUUUUACUCUGUUUCUGACUUUCUGUCUAUGGUUUCUCUUUUGCUUUUGCACUUUGCCAACUCAAAUCAAAUACCAAACAGUACAAUCCUCCAUACGCCAACUUCCCCUUUCCUCCUUUUCCCCCUUUUUCUUUAAUCUCCACUCUUCGCUAUAACACACUCACUUGCUCCCACUCCCCUGUUUUUUCCCCAAUUUCUUUUGCCUUUCCACCCACAACUCCCAUGGCGGCAUUGCCAUCGCUGCUCUCUGCACUGCUCCUCCACCACUUCCUUCUGGUCGUGGUGGAAGGAUCGUCGUCGUGGUGCGUGGUUCGAACCGACGCAAGCUACCAGGCGCUGAAGGCGGCUCUGGACUACGCGUGCUGGGCAGGGGCGGACUGCACGCCGAUCCAGUCGAACGGACUCUGUUUCCUCCCAAACACCAUCCAAGCUCACGCUUCCUACGCAUUCAACAGCUUCUACCAGCGCAAGGGCAUGUCCCCUGACUCAUGCUACUUCUCCGGCACCGCGAACAUCGCCAGAACCGACCCCAGCUAUGGAUCUUGCGUCUAUCCAGGAUCUCUCAGUGCAGCAGGAGGGGCAAUUCCAACCCCAACACCGCCAACUAAACCCUAUUCAUUCACACCGCCAGCGACCACCACCACCACUACUCCGACCAUCAUCACCGGCCUUGCUCCACCGCUGCCUACUGACACCGACAACUCCAGAGCUUCCAUCGGGUUCAUGGAUGUUGCGGUGCUACUGCCUGCUGCCUCGGUGUUCGUCAUCUUGUUUAGUUUCUGAACUUCAAACCAACCUGUUGAGUCAGGGAAGCAGCUACUCUUCCAAGCACUGGAAAAAAGCUGCCACAGUUUUGUAAGGAAAAAAGGGUUGCAGAAAGAAAUCUGAUUUUCCUUUUCUUUUCUUCAUUUUUUCUUCUCUGAACAAUUUUUUUCUUUCCUCUCAGAUGGUUAACAAUUGUAUCUAUAAUAACCCUACUGUAGUCACAAUAUUUCUUGUAGGUGUACAGUACAGUACAGUACAUGUUCUUGAAUGUGAAAUCAUCUUGAUUCUCUCUUGAUUCUUACAGGCUUCAUUCAGUCAUUUGGUGCUCCUAAUGAAAUCCAGGACGUGGU